CAGAUCAUUACCAUAAAACGGGAGUUGUUGUUUGGGUGUCUGGAUAGCAGAGAUGUGGCAUCUCCUUGUGGCUUACAUCAUUGUCGCGAUUGCUGUGCCUCAUUUCUCCAAAGGUUGUGAAUAUGUGAUACUGACCGAACCUAAUGGCUACAUCAACUCGCCCUACUAUCCCGGCGAGUACGAGGAUUACGCCGAUUGUCGUUGGCUCAUCCAAGCCCCCGAACAGUAUAGGAUAAUAGUUUAUUUUAUGGGCAAUUUCACUACUCAAACGGGAUUUGAUCGACUUACGUUUUAUGACGGUGCCACCACUACCUCCGCCGUAAUGCUUGAUUGGAGCGGGCACGAAUAUUUCUAUCCUUGGAUCACGUCUAAAACAAAUAGAAUGUUGAUACAAUUUACAUCUCUUAGAGGUCAAAGCGAAACCGGAUUCAAGUUACGUUAUUAUACGGAGAAGAAGCAAGAGUGUGGCGGAUUUCUGUUCUUCCCAAGUGGCACGAUAUCCAGUCCCGGAUUUCCGGCAGACCCAAACUAUUACGAUAACAACGUCGACUGCGUAUGGGAUAUAGAAGCUCCAGUAAAUCAGAUAAUUAUUCUCCAGUUCAGCAACUUCAGGACGGAGCCAGGCAGGGAUACUGUCACAGUGAUUGAUCCAGCACUCACGAAUCCUAUUGUGAUGAUUCACAGUGGGAUGAUUAUCCCUCCGGUAACCGUUUCGCAGGGCAAUAAGUUGACGGUUCGCUUCCAGUCAGACGCUUACAUGCACGAUAUACCUGGAUUUAUCGCCCAAUAUUCUAUGGUCGAUCAGUUCCUAGAAAAUUCACUUUUAGCAUAAAAAGUGUUGCUGGUUCA